AUGAAGCGACAUGCCUCGGCCGUUGCACCAUUCGGCUUGGGUGGUCGGCGUGCCUGCAUCAGCUUAAAUGCCCCUCCCCUGACCUGGCCAUUCUCAUGCAAACCGUACUCUCCUCUUCGCCCGCCAUGGAUCUCGUUGCAAGCAUGUACCGCUGGUUCGUCAAAGGGCACCCUACACAUCAAGACGUGCCCAGCUAACCUCUUCCCCGAAAAUGCCGGCAGCCCAGCAUAUGCCCCCGUCUUCGGCGCCCUGGGCUGCUGCUCAGCCAUCACGCUGACCGUCAUCGGCGCCUCCUACGGCACCGCCAAGUCGGCCCCCGCCAUCUUCGCCUCCGGCGUCCUGCGCCCCGACCGCCUCAUGCAGAACACGCUGUGCGCCGUCAUGGCCCAGAUCCUGGCCAUCUACGGCCUCGUCGCCUCCGUCCUCAUUGCCGGCGACCUCAGGGAGAAGACGACCCUCUUCGCGGCCUUCCUGCAGCUCGGUGCCGGGCUCGCCGUCGGGCUGAGCGGCAUGGCGGCUGGUUUCAGCAUUGGCAUCGUCGGCGAUGCGGGCGUGAGAGCGAGCACCCAGCAGCCCAGGCUCUACUCUGGGAUGGUACUGAUUCUCAUCUUUGCCGAGGUGCUGGGGUUGUACGGGGUCAUCGUUGCCAUUUUGAUGCUCACUAGGUCGAAAGUUGAUGUGACGGUGUGCGAGAUCUGA